AAGAGAGACACAAAAAAUAAAUGGUGGCCAAGAAAGAAAAGGCAGCACGUAGGGAAGCAUACACGCGCACACGCAACGCCACACCACCGCACGCACAUACACGCGCACCUCCCCCCCUCCACUUAUGAUCACCACCAUGUCCUCCUCCUCCUGCAGCGGCCUGGACGGCGGCGCGGCGGCCAACUCGAAGCGCAAGUCGCCGGAGCCGACGUCGGUGCUGUACAACCGGAGCCCGAGCCCGCCGACCUCCUCCUCCGCGCACUCGUCGGAGCCGCCGCCCAUCAGCGCCGAGGACUGGGACGCCGUGCUGCUCUCCUCCGGCGGCUGCGACGACGCCAUGGCCGCCGCCGCGCACGGCACCCGGGAGGACAGCUCCUUCCUCCGCUGGAUCAUGGACGCAGGCUACGCGGACGGGGCGACGGGGACGCCUUCGGCUUCAAGGGCCCCGCCCCCUUCGACCCCUCCUUCCUGCCCCCGCCCCCUCCUCUCCACCCGCCGGAGGAGGCCGCCUUCUCGCUCCCGCAGCUCCCGCCGCAGCUCUCCCUCCCGCAGCAUCCGCAGCAGCAGGUCCAUUUCCCUGUCCCGGCCUCCGCAGGCGCCGCCGGGGGAGGAGAUGGAUAUCUCGAGCCCCAGGCGGCGGUGGACGACCUGCUCGAGGCGGCCCGCCGCGCCGACGCCGGGGACCCCGCUGGCGCGCGCGAGAUAUUGGCGCGGCUCAAUCACCGGCUCCCCUCGCCGCCCGCCCCGCCGGGGCACCCUCCCCUGCUCCGCGCCGCCGCGCUGCUCCGGGACGCGCUCCUGCAGCGCCUCCUCCCUCCGACGCCCGCGCCCGGCUCCGUCCUCUCGCCGCUCGACGUCGCGCUGAAGCUCGCCGCGCACAAGGCGCUGGCGGACGCGUCGCCCACCGUCCAGUUCGCGGGGUUCACGGCCACGCAGGCCUUCCUCGACGCGCUGGGCGCCGGCGCGCGCCGCGUGCACGUCGUGGACCUCGACGUCGGCUUCGGGGGCCACUGGCCGCCGCUCAUGCAGGAGCUGGCGCACCACUGGCGCCGCACCGCCGCGCCGUCGACGCCGCCGCCGGCCCUGAAGGUGACGGCAUUGGUGUCGCCGGGGUCGCGGCACCCGCUGGAGCUCCACCUCACGCAGGAGAGCCUGGCGCGGUUCGCCGCCGAGCUGGGCAUCCCGUUCGAGUUCGCUGCCGUGGCCUUCGACCCCUUCAGCCCCUCGCCGCCGCCGGGCCUGUCCGCGGCGCCCGACGAGGCCGUCGCCGUGCACAUCACGGUCGGCACGGAGACCUCCGGGCCGACGCCGGCGUCCCUCCGCGUGGUGAAGCAGCUCCGGCCCGCCAUCGUGGUGUGCGUCGACCACGGCUGCGACCGCGCCGACCUGCCGCUCCCGAGCCACGCGCUGAACGUGCUCCGCUCCUGCGCCGCGCUCGUCGAGUCGCUGGACACGCCCGGCGCGUCGCUGGACGUGGCGGCCAAGGUGGAGCAGUUCAUCCUGCGGCCGAGGGCGGAGAGCCUGGUCGCCGGCGGCGAGAAGCUGCCCCCGUGGCGGUCCACGUUCGCGUCCGCCGGGCUCACGCCGCUGCAGCUCAGCAAUGCCGCGGAGGCGCAGGCCGAGUGCCUGCUCCGGCGCACUGCAAACCAUGGCUUCCACGUCGAGAAGCACCAAUCAGCGCUGGCGCUCUGGUGGCAGCGGUCGGAGCUCGUGUCGGUGUCGGCAUGGCGGUGCUGAUCCAUCCCCUUGCUUGCAGAGCCUGAGCAGCCCGGUACAGUUGUAGUUCAUCUUGCCAAAACUUGAAUCUUUCUCAAGUACUAGUAGCCAAUCUUGGUGUGUGAUAUACGUACUUACUAGCAAUUUGAGGCAUGAACAAUGGAAAUUCGAAAUGCCGAAAAACUGUUAACCCCCCAACCCGCGUUUUAAUUGUUGAUAUUGUAAUCCUCCUGUGUGAUCAUUGUGUAUUAUGCCAGUCAUAUUUUCAGACUGAUUGAAGUUCAAGUCCUUUUUGUUUCUCUCCUCUUUGUAAUUAUUAAGUUCUUGCCAGUGGAAAUCAACAAGGAUUUUCCAAGCAAAAUUGUAGUAAAUCAAUAGUUCAGUUGAAUCCUGUUAUAAUUUGUAGUAGCAGAGUAUAUGUAUGCAACUGAUUUAUGCUGAUUGAUUGAAGUGUUCAACUGAUCCCUAA